AUGAGCGAUCGCAAUGUUUCUCAGAUUCUGGCGCAACUCAAGCAUUCCCCAUCCAUGAGCUACCAAGAAGCGAAUGCUCUCCUUUCAAAAGCCAAGCUUGCCCUCCUGAACCUAAAUGCCCUGACACCGAACAGUUCAUCCUCGCCACAACUUCUUGUCCUCGCCCGUGAGACCUACGAACAAGGUGCUCUUUUCGCCAUUCGAGCCCGCAAUCCUGAUGCCUUUACGCGCUACGUGCAACAACUUCAACCUUUCUACGAGCUUCCUUCGGCAGCUCUAGCACCUAAUCUGACUGAAAGGAACAAGGUGACUGGCCUUAGCUUGUUGCUUCUUUUGACGCAAGGGCGUUAUGGAGAGUUUCACUCCGAAUUAGAAGGUCUAGCCAACAGAGACGGAGGAGGUAGUGCCGGUGACGUCGAGGGCGACCGGUAUCUUGGGUAUCCUAUCCGGCUAGAGAGAUGGCUAAUGGAAGGAAGUUACGAUCGGGUGUGGAAAGCCAUGAAAAGCAGCGAGGUGCCCUGCGACGAGUAUGGCGUCUUUUCCGAGAUUCUGAAAAAUCAAAUUCGCUCUGAAAUUGCCAGCAGUAGCGAACGAGCUUACUCCAGCUUACCCAUCGGCUCGACCAAGAGCCUGCUGUUUCUCGACUCCGAAGGAGAUGUUAUUCAAUUUGCUAAGCACAGAGGCUGGGCCGUCGAAGACGGACAUAUAUACUUUCCGGAUACAUCAGAUGCUGGCGAAAAAAACAACCAGAGCAAGGACGUCAGCCAGGUGAUAAUAGAGAAUACCCUGGGCUAUGCCCGCGAACUGGAGACCAUCGUGUGA